UUGAAGGCAUCGAUAUGUCGCGUUUCCCGUAUUGCCCUUGACUUCGUCUUUUUAAUUGCUGUUUUUUUAAUUACCUAUAUUAUUCGUCGAAAAUUGAAUUACGCGAGUUCCAUUUCAUACUUUAAAAGUGUUUUUAAAUUGGUUUGUGUGUUUAAACUUGUGGUGAAGUGUUAAAUUCACUUAGCGUCACCUGACCGAACUCAUUGUCAUUUCCCGCCAUUGUGGGUUAACUAAAACUAUUUUGAUUUUCUGUUAUUAUAACAGUGUUUAGAUGUAAAAAAGUUUAUUUCUGUGCUCUUUGUGCCUGAGUUAUGUCAUUGCACGGUAAUGAUGUUUGUUUGCUAGAAAUAGAAGAUUAUAACUUGUACGAAGAAGAAGCAUCGGAUCACGCUAUUUCCAGGAGUGAGAAACAUUCAUCAGGGAGUAAAACCAUGGAGGCAGAGAAGAGAAUCCGUCGAGAAAUAGCCAAUAGCAAUGAACGUCGGAGAAUGCAAAGCAUCAAUGCUGGUUUUCAGGCUCUUAGGACAUUGCUACCACGCCAUGAAGGGGAGAAACUUAGUAAGGCUGCCAUAUUGCAACAAACUGCAGAGUAUAUAUAUUCACUUGAACAAGAAAAAACAAGACUACUGUCACAGAAUUGUCAGCUGAAAAGGCUACUGAACCAACACGAGGGUGGUGAGAUACCCUUGAAGAAGAGAAAAAGCGAGAUAAUAACUCAUGUACCUUCCAUCAUACCCGACUCAACAGAUGAUGCAGUAACAAACUCAAGAUCACCUGAACCUGUUGCUGUGAUAACUGUUUCAAACAUGCCACCGAAGAAAGACAUUGAAAGCGGGGAUCUAAAAAUUCAACUGGAAAGAGAAAAGCGACUGCGUAGACUAGUAGAAGAACGGCUGCACACUUUGGAGGCUCAAAUGUAUCCAGAAGCCAGUCGAGAGAUUCAACAUCCUGUGGUCCCAGUUGUGCAUUUUGAACAAACUGAUAUCACUGCAGACUGCAAACUGGAAAAGGAUGAAGCUGAGUCUAAGCCUGCUGAGCCACCAAUAGUCGCCCCGCUUUUGGAAGCAGCUAUCAAAGCUGAACCGAGGGUGGAGGUGGAAGUGUUGCCUGAUGCAGCCCAGGAUGCCUCUUCCCGUUUAUACCUUGCAAGCACGAGUCGUCAGAAUUUGGAGACCAUUGUCGAGGCCAUUCGUCACCUGGAAGGCGAUCAUUUGUUCAGAGAGGAGUCCGGUGACGCGCCGCUCGCAUUAACAAAGAAAGUAGAACGUGUCCCACCACAGAGACCUGGGGUCAUUGUAGUGAAGCAUUCGUGAUUUCAUUAAACUAGUCUUAAAGUCUUAAAUUCUACUUUGACGGAUUGCUUCUGAAUGAAGAGCGCUGACCCUCGAAUAUAGGUUUUUUUAAAUUAUUAUUAUUAUUUUAGUCGUGUAAUUGUCUUUUCCAAAGUGACAAAUUGAUAAGUCUGUGUUUUGUUUAUUUUAACAUAUUGAUGAUAGGACGAGGAAGGUUAUUUUGGACGGAUGAAUUGUGACAUAAGUUGAUUGGCGCUGUGCUUAGUUUAGUCUCAAAUAUAAUUAUGAUGUAUGUUUAUUAUUUUGUCAGGUUUAUUACACAGUUCAAUGGAUUGUCAGACUGAUUUGUUUAGGAAUAGGUGGAAAUGUGUAUAAUUACAUGAAGCCGCAUGCCAUAGUAUGUACAGUUAAAAAAAAAAAAAUUCGGGUACAGCAAUUUGAAAGAUUAUAAUUCAUGUAAGAGUAAUAAUUUGUAUGAGAUUGAUUCCUGUCUGUCAUCACACUGUGGUGGACAGCUCCAUAUAUACUGUACAGGCGUGCGGCUGUUUUGUAUGACGUUAUUUGUGUUAUAUCAGUUGUCAUCAAGUCAUCAUCAAAAUAUAAAAUGAAAAAAUAUUAUGUUGUUAAUGAAGAAAAUAUUUUUUGAAAGUUGUAUCCAUACAGCAUCAGUAAGAUCUUAAUUUCGAAAAGAAUUAUGUAUCUUGACGAGUUUUUGAUAAGAUUAUAAUUUAAAGCAAACAAGCGUUGAUUUUGAAGCCCGGUGAUGUAUGUUGUAACAUAUUCCAGUGCUAACUUUAUGAAUGGUAUUAGUAAGUUAUAUAUUUCACCCUUUAGUGAAGCAUUCCAUAUGGUUCGAGUCUCCUUAAGAUAAACUCAAUGUUUUUUGUGGAUUGAUGUUUAAAUUUGUAAUGUUUGAUAAAAAAAAAUUAACAAUGGAUUAUUCUUAAUUGUAGGCCAUUGUUCUGGAUUGAAGUUUAUUAGAUAGCCAUAUUACUAUAACGUUUUCUAUGGAACAAAUUUCCAAAUAUACAUUAAUGUGAAAGAAUCUCUUAGAACGUUUGAGAUUCGCUUCAUUCAUGAUACUUUAAAGCAAGUAUUAGAAGCGUACAGUUAUUAGGCAGGCCUAAGCUGUAUAAGUCUCGUACAUAAGACGACCGCUAGUGAACAUAGCAUUCAUACUUUAAUGUAACGGGUGGUGUGAUCGAAUCAGCCAUCAAUUUUAAACUCUUAGAUCAAUAUGGAGAAUAUUUCAUAGCGUUUCUUUACUAGUUGUAGUUACAAUGAGUCGUCUAGCUCAUGACUUAGGGUAUGUAAUCUAAAGUGAUUUUAUUUGUUUGCUUCAAUGUGCUGAACAUUUUUGUUAAAAAAAUUAACCAGCAGUGCUUUUUGUUAAUGUAUAUUAUUUUUCUUUGUAAGUUUGAAUGUAUUUUAAGUUAGACUCAGCAACAGAGUGUUUCACAUUGUGUUUAUACAAACAGGAUAGUGCCGUGGCCCUGUACGGGGGGUCACUUGAAUUUAUUAAGACUGAUCAUAAUUCAUUAUUAAGUUACGCUAGUUGGGAACACCAUGAUUGUCAUAUGUGUGAUUGUGUGCGUUUUAUUCUUUAGUUAUUUAUAUGUGUGUAUGUUAUAAUGCUGUAUGUAUUGCACCAGCACCGGCGGUGUUACUGAGAUUCUUUUCGUCUAGCAAUAAUUGAGUCAAUCUUGAUAAGUGAAAUUUUAUUAAAAAAAUAAUAGUAAUAAUAAUAUUGAAGAAUCCCACUAGCGCCGUCGGCCACAUCGAAUAAGCCGUUAAACCCAUGACAGUGGUUGUAAUUUAUUUUUUGCAUUUAUUCCCGUAGAAUGUUCUGUAUGAAAGUGAGUUACUAGACCGCAUUCUGAUAUCAUAAGCGUUUCGUUUAUGUAACUGUAUAAAUUUAGUUACUCUUUAUAUGUUCGGUAUGACGAUAAUGUUUAUUGUGCGUACAAAUAAAUAAGUCACAGUCGAAUUUAACGAUGCAAUAAUUAAAUUGCAAUCCCGAUGUAAAGAUAGCAGACGGAACUUAUUCCCCACUCUGUUUCUGAGUCCAUAGUGUUAAGGAGUUGUCUGCCUACCGCCUUUUACAUUACGUCAGUAUAGGAUAGUAAAACAAUGUAACAUAAUGGACAUGGUUAUACUAUUAGUGUAGUCAAAACUAUAUAGUUAUUAAGAGAUUUUUAAGUCAAAGAAAGCAGUUAAAAUGUUUAAAAUGUGUUAUUAUUUAUGUCUUAAAGUAUUAAAAUGGUUAUUUCUUAUUAAUUAGUUUGUAAAUGAUAAUCGACGGACGUUCGCUACAGCUUUCAUGUCACGUGACUAUAACCAAUAAAACGGAACAUUAUUAUUAUUUCUUCAAUGUUUGUUAAUUUAUGUGUAAGUUUGUACAUUGAUUAUUAUAGAUUUGUUUCAUACAAAAUUAUCUGCUAAGUUGAAUGUACUCCAAUGACAAUGUUCUGUUGGAUUUUAUGUGUACAAAAUAUAACUGUAAACAUUUUCUACACUCUAUCUCCGUAUUUAUUCCGUUCAAAGAGAACGUACGUUCAUUGAGUUUUUCAUAAAAUUAAAAUUACAAUAAUUAUUAUUAUUGCAUUUUAUAUUUAAAAAAAAAGCAUUAGUUCAAUUAAAGUAAGUGAUUAAUUUUUAAGACGCUCAUAAAUUCAGUUAGAAUGGGUCGCAUGGGUCCAGCGAUGGGGCGAAUGUUAUUAUUAUCUAGUUAGUAAUCAAAACCACCUGCUUUUACCAUAAAUAUACAAUUAAUUUUUGUAGUCAUAGUGACGUCAGCGUUGGCCCCAUCGCUGGAGGGCUCACGAGUUCCUAUACAUUAUAUAGAUAGUUACUUCAUAUUUUUACAGUUUGUAAUUAAUAAGGAUUAUGGUUUUUAGCUUGUGAUUCAAUUCUAUACUAAAAUAAUGUCUAUAUGCUUAGCACGAGUCCCGCGUCCUGACUACAUGCGACGCGUUUCACGUUUCUCAUUCAAUAAACUACGUGAAUACUAUAAUGUGAGACGGUUUUUGAUUGAUAAAGUUAACGUCGAGUAUGUGGUGUGACAAUGCAAACUAUGUGCAAGCGUACAGAACAUUAUUUAUUUUCCUUUUAUAAAAUUAUGUUGACUGGUGAAAGUCGAUCGAAGUGAUGGUCACAAAACGCAUUCACCUAAUUGACUUGUCGAUUUAAUUAUUUCAAACUGUAUAUAUUCCGAUAAUUUUAUUAAUAUGUCCGAUGGAAAGUAAAUAAAUAUUGAACAAACGAGUUUUGUAACUAUCACUUCUAAUAAUAAUAAAAAUGCCCUUUGAUUAUAAAAUAAUGUACCGUCCUUUGUAUAAUAUCAAACAGCAUCAGGUUACAUCUAAAAACCAUGUCCACUGAUAAAGUGUAGAAAACAACGCAUCUUUCCUUUUUGAUAUGAACUUGGUAUAAAUAUUUCUCCUGAUUUUAAUUGUACCACAUUUGACGAAUAUUUAUAAAAUAUUGAUAUUAAA